UGCAGUUUGCUUCCCAUCCAGACGCUGACGUAACAGCAAACUGCAACCAGGAGAAGUCUUUCUUUGGACAAAACAAAAACUUUUAGAGUUGCCUGUGAAAAGUCUUUAACCUUUAGUGUUUUUAGACUUUAAUAUUGUCUGCCAUGUCCUAGACUAACAUGUAAAAUGCUGUUUUUGCUUGUUCCCUUUAGAGUGCGUCAGUGUCCAUCAAACAUUUUGGGGAAGUGUUUUUUGGCAGAAAGAGGAACUUCAACAGUCUAUAGAGUCACAAAACAUUGUCAUCGAAAAAGAAUACAGACACUUUUAUCAAACUAUCCAAUCGCACCAUGGAAUCUCAACCGUUUUGGACCCUUUUCUUCAAGUUGACAUGGAUACCUGCAUUUUUCCUUCUCACUGUCUGUUCAGCAAUGGAUUCACCAAGUAUCAGUCUGGAGCGCGAAGUCUUUGUGGCCUUUAGAGGUGAAAAUCUCAACAUUACAUGCAAUUUGAUCAAAGCAGUAAACCAAACGGAAGAUGGCUGCUUGACAUGCUUUGAUCCAAAAAACAAAACAAUAUACAAUAAUACCAUCCCCACAAUGGAUACCAAACAGGAAAGAUUUUCCUGGCAUCUGGAGCUGAAAAACCUGAAGCUUUCAGGACUUUACUCCUGCCAGUAUCAAACGGUGAAGGUGGAUUGGUUUCUUCGAGUGACAGAUGAAGGCUACAAGGAACCUGUUAACACAGAGUUCAUCAUCAUGGCCAUUUUCACGGGUGUGCUGUUGAUCUUCAGUGUGCUCGGCUCGGUGUAUGUCUUCAGAGGACAUUGGACUGAGAAACAUGGAGCUGGCGAGAAAAAACAAAAGCAAAGCCAAGAAGAGAAGAAGGUGACAAAGAAGGAGGACGAUAGCUUGGAUGCAACAGCAGCUCAGUCCUACUAUGCCAGUCUAGAGCCUCGUCCCAGGUCUAUUUAUGAUGUACUGGACAGCUCACCUGCCAGAAGAGAGAAUGACCAAGACAAAGCCAAACCCAUGAAAAAGGAACCACCCAAAAAGGCAGCGCAAAAGACAAAAGACAAGGAUGAAGGUGUUUUUGAGUCUGUUUAUGAGAACUUUUAGAUCAACUCGUGAUUGUGGGAUCAUAAUCCAGCGCUUUUCUACUUUAAUCUCAUCUGUGUCAGCGACACUGAGAGAAUCAUCUUUCAAUAAAAUCAACAAAAACCACAAAUGCAAAGUAAAAGUAGUUUGGUACAACACAAAGAUUUCUAAAAGUGUGUAAAAAAUGUAAAUGAACAGAAGCAUUCCCAUCAGAAUGAGCACAGUGUAUCAAAAGUACUAAAGGUUUUCACUAAAUACUACGACUGUACUAUGUAAAAGUCUUUAGCUACACCUCAUUUCUUUAGAUUUUGUGCACCAAUUUAUUCAAACAGCCAAGGCAAAAAGAGAGUUUGAACAGUUCUAAUGAGCUUAAAAGUCAGUAUUCAGUAUGAGCACCUAUAUUUUCCACCAAAGCCUGAAAUUUCUUGCUCAACUUUCUUGUCAUUUCUUUAAGUAGUCUUUAGGAAUAGUUCUCCAGGCAUCUUGAUGGAUGUUCAAUGCUCUUCUUUGGAUGUUGACUGGGUUUGCUCUAUUAUCUGUUGAAAUGAUUCCACACCGCUUCAAUAAUGUUGGUGUGGGAAUAAAGUCUGGUCUCUGGGGAGAUCAAUUCCAUAACUGACAGUGUGUGUGCGUGUGUGUGUGUGUGUUGUUGUUUUUUAAAUAUUAUUAUUGCUGGUUUUCCUUUAGUUCAGUUAGUUUGGGAUCACUUUCAUGCUCAAAAAUGGAGUAGCUAACAAUCAGAUGCCAAAUGGUUUUGCGUGAAAGAUCAAAAUCCUGUGUUUAUAGUUUCAUUCAUUUUUGACCCCCAGUUGAAUGGCAGCCCCAAACCAUGACAGAGCCUCUGCCGUGUUAUACACAUGGCUGCACAUACUCUCUGUUGUACUUCUCUCGUAAGCGCCUCCGUACUGAUGAUGAUUUAAACCAAAAAUUUCCAAUUUGGAUUCAUCACUCUAUAAGACCUGUGGCCACUGAUUUUCAGUCCAGUUCUUGUUUAAUUUUGCACACCAGAGCCUUUUCUCCCCUUUUCCAUUCAUUAACAAUGCUGUUUAACAGCCACCUUCCACUGAAACCAUUUCUGAUGAGGCUUCAGUGAACAGUACAUGGAUCAACUGAAGGGUCAGAUGUAUCUCCACUUUUUUUCCAAGUGGAGUCUAGUGUUUGAUGUCUUCUUCUCACCUUAGAAACUGUGGGUAACAGGUAGCUGAUUUUCAAUAAAUGUGUCUCUUGUCACCUG